UCUCUACUGUACAUCGCCUUUUGUACGUGCCGGCGCCAAUUCGAAUCCGGCCUAUCGUGCGGCGUACCUAUGCGCAAUAUUCCGUGAUGUGAUCCUUGAAAUCAUGCUAGCUGCACCAUAACUAUGACCACUGCACAACUCAGUCUCGAACCGUGUCACAACUGUCGUCGACGUCGUUUAAAAUGCGAUCGAUCUGUUCCACGGUGUUCGAAGUGCACCAAAACCGGUCAGGAAUGUCUGGGCUAUCAGCGCUUGUUUCGUUGGGAGCCGGGAGUGGCUAGUCGUGGCAAGAUGGCUGGUAGGACGUUCGAGGACAUGACAAAGGGUCGAGAGGAGAAGAAGAAUGAAAUUUCCAAUGCUGAUUCAUUGUUCCCUGCUGGGCUAUCAAGCCAGAAUUAUGCCCCUGGAUGUACGGAAGUCUUGCCAGUUGGAUCAUUGACGGAUCCUCUGGUCCAAGACCUCAGUCAUACAUCGAGGAAGUAUCUGUCUUACUUUGCCAGUGAUGUCUGCAGAGAUCUUGUCCUCUACGACUGGCCCAACCACAAUCAUUUCCGAGAACUCAUCCCAUUGACGCAGCGGUAUCCAGUCCUUCUUCACAUCGUCAUUGCAAACUCGGCAUUGCACAUGUCGAACGCAAGCCAGAAAUUGUUGUCAACCUCCACUCCAUCAGCUUUUCCGCAUCGACGUCUGCCAGGCCAAUUGAGCUCUGCAUGCUUGAAAUUCUCCGCGAUUGAACGGUUGAAAUCCUAUCAUGAUGCUCUUGCAGCCAAACAACAGGCUCUCUCACUUCUUCAGUCCGGUAUUGUCAGUGUAUCUUCGGCGGACGUUGAUGUGACUCUGGCGGUUGUACUUUUGUUCAUCGAACUAGAGCUCAUUGACUCUGGACGGGAUCACUGGAAGUAUCACAUCAAGGGGGCGAGAACGAUGAUCGAGACUCUAAUUGGAACCAAUGCAUUGACACGGCAGACUGCCAUGAGUCCGCUCCGCAGGAGUUUGAUUGCGAAUUGCUUGGUGUUCGAUAUCAUCGGUUCUGCGCUGUCAGCCCCCAUUGUCCACGAUUCCCCUAGAGAGCAAUUUCCAAUUGCAAAUCUAUCCCUCUUACAAGAUGCAGAAGGUAAUCACUGCUCUUCGUUCCCGACAUUUCUCUUGCAGCUCCUCCGAAGCGGCUCUGCGUUAUCUUUGCCAAGCAACUCAUCGUCGUCAUCUUCUCCUUCUUCGCCCUUGAUUGAUGCCCGAAUACAACAACAAAAACAGAAACAACAGCUACUCUCCCUCCUGUCUGCGGCACGAGAUUUCGAACCCCUUGUAUGGGCUACAAAUGUUCAACCGCACUCUCCAGCCCACGACCUUCAGUACCGCACCCACAUUGCUUCGGCACACCGGGCGGGAGUGUGCAUCUACCUCUCCCGUGUUCUCCUGUCUCUCUGUCCUUCCAUCUCCACCACCCAGCUCCCACAAGACCUUGAUUCUCUCAUGGGGGAUAUCAUAACUCACCUCUCGUUCAUUCCCAAAGAGCACGCCUUGUUCAAAGCAGCCACGUGGCCGGCGUUUAUUGCAGGAGCAGAAACGAAUGAUCGCGAGAGACAGGAUUGGAUAGUGAGACGAUUUGAAGAGCUGUGGGACGUCGAACCGUGGGGUUUGAUAAAGGGAGCGUUGGGCGUGUUGCUAAAGAUCUGGUCAAAUAGAAUGACCAAUGUCGUGGAUGGUGACAAAGUCAAUGUCAGGGCUGAGAAGUUGGAACAUAGUAAUUGGAUCCAAGACUUGCGAGGACGAGGCGUCGAUUGGCUUGUCAUAUAG